AUCCUUUGAUGUUUAUAUUUAUCAAUUUAGUAAAUAAAACUGAUAUCAAAUCAAUAUUCACUUAAUUCAUAAGGGCCCAUUUCUAUCACAAACUGUCCCCCCUCCUUUUUCAUUCUACAAACUUCAAUAUCUAGAUAAUCAAAACCACUUGUAAUAUUUAUUUAUAUGUAUAACAAUAUCUAUAAAUUUGCCUACUUCACAUUUCCUAAAUCUAUGUCAAUGAGAGACAAUGAUAGGACAUCUGUAUUAUUUCCCAGAUAUAAACAAAAACGACAGAAGCUAAUGGUCGUGCAUUUAAUUCAACUAAGAAAUAAUUACGAAGACGAGAGAAUAAAUAACAUGUUAAGUGAAUAAAUCUAUUUAAAUAUUAUUGCAUUAUUUAUCGAUUGGUGGAUCCCCCACUGAUCGAAAACGGAACAAAAGUGAUAAUCUCUCUUUGUCAGUCCAGUUUAUCAUAUUCUUUUACUUUUAUAUAGAUUUUUUAGAAUCAACUACAAGUGUAUUAUCGAUUUACCUGUGAUAAAAUGACGGGAAAAUAUCCUAGUAUACUUGCACUUGUGUUCACUCAAGUCAGCCCGACCAAUGUUGGCAAGCCAAACUCUUCGACGCUCUGAUGACAAUUGGCGGGUCUGAUCACCGUGGCUAUUUCACACUGCAGGCAAUCUAAAGUACGAUAGGCAGUUCUCUCGAUCUGCACGACUGGUGCAACCAAACACUCCACAAAAAUCCGCCAUAGCUAGUAGAGAAACGCAAUCACUGGAUUCAAAGUCUCACUGGCGGCAAUAUUCCACUACUCCAAUAUGGCCGACCGCAAAAGCGAUGACGUAAUGUACAUGCCCCAACAUUUGGCGCAUUGAAUUCCCAUCUGAUUUAUCCUAUAUAAUGUAAAGGCACCAAAAUAUAUAACAACUAAAUACUUACUCCGCUUUGCAGCUGCAAUGGGCGUUACUGAAUGAUUAUUUUAUCCUGCUCAGCGAUUAGUUGAUUGCAUGGGGGGAUCUGGUUUCCGCUGAGUUUUAAAUGUCUUGACGCAAAUUGCCACGUGGUUUUCCGGAACCGAAUGAAAAGUGACGGAAUGAAGGUAUGAGCCAGUACUAAAUGCUACACCACGUUGUUUUUGCCGUAAAGUUGGUUCAUGGGACCAAAAGGCUGGUCCAGUGUCAUCCGAAAUGCCCCGAAAGGUAAUCGCGACUGACAUUUUGGCAGCGAUGUUAAAUUGUCGGUCCUUUCGAGAGUUAUCUCCCUUACUUCAUGGGUGCGCAAGCUCCUCACAGCGAUAGUCCGUUCGCGGAGCUCCUAAUAAUACCGAGAGUGUAACGAAGGUGUCACGCGCCGGGAAGGAGCUUGAUUGCUCGUUCAGAAGGGACUAAUUCGAGCAGAUGGACGAAGAAGUUGGCCUCGCUCAUGACGUCGUCAGACACCCAAGCAGCAGCCUUAUCAAUGACUACAUAGCCGGUGCUAUGGGAGGUAUGGUGGGGUUGGUGGUAGGGCACCCUUUCGACACAACUAAGGUACAGUUGCAGACGCAGUCUACUAGAACCAAGUAUCGCGGCACAAUGGACGCUCUGAAGCAUAUACAGUCACAGGGACUAGCGAGAGGCUUCUUCCGAGGGAUGUCAUGGCCUCUUCUGUCUUAUGGUGUUAUCAAUUCGGUAUUCUUCGGAGUCUACGGAAACACCUUGCAGUUCAUGCAACGUAUGCGCAAUGAACUUGAUCGAGCGUCGUAUGCCGACAUAUACGUUGCAGGGUGUGUCGGCGGGGCCGCCCAGUUGGUUAUUGCCUGUCCCGUUGACCUCUGUAAGGUCAUUUUACAGUCACAGAUACCCCACGAGACCACUGCUGGGAACAAAGGUCCAGCCAGAGUUGCCUCCCCCUACUUCAAAGGUCCCUUGGAAGCUGUAAUGGCGACCGUUCGCAAGAAUGGUGUAUCUGGUUGUUAUCGAGGUUUGACCGUCAUGGCCUUCAGAGACAUCCCCAGCUACGGCAUCUACUGUGCCAUCUACGAAUACCUCACCCACGUCAUGCACGAUCGUGGUCUUACGGACGAUCAGGGUAUAUUUGCCAGUCUCAUAGCUGGAGGUACUUCCGGAACAGUCACGUGGUUCUCAGUUAUGCCGUUUGAUGUCAUCAAGAGCCGGUUGCAGGCGGAUUUAUCCGGAAGAUAUAACAGCAUGGUAGAUUGUUUGAAAAAAACAGUAAAGUCAGAGGGUCUCAUGGCCUUGUAUAAAGGUACUUUUGUAACAUGUGCGAGAGCAUUCCCUGUUAAUGCGGCAACGUUUUUAACAUAUUCACAAACAUUAAAAUAUCUAAGUUGAAAGUGUA